UGUACCGCAAGUUUGAUGUGAUGGGGAAUCUUCUUUUUGCAUAGUGUCAAAGUUAGAAGUUAGGAGGUAACUAAACAUGGCCCAAAUCCUCCCCACCUCAACCUGCUAGCGCCGCCGAUCCGCCGCUCCGCUCCGAUGGCCCGCACCAAGCAGACGGCCCGCAAGUCCACCGGCGGCAAGGCGCCGAGGAAGCAGCUGGCCACCAAGGCCGCCCGCAAGUCGGCGCCGGCCACCGGCGGCGUCAAGAAGCCCCACCGCUUCCGCCCCGGCACCGUCGCGCUCCGGGAGAUACGCAAGUACCAGAAGAGCACGGAGCUGCUGAUCCGCAAGCUCCCCUUCCAGCGCCUCGUCCGCGAGAUCGCGCAGGACUUCAAGACGGACCUGCGGUUCCAGUCCUCGGCCGUGGCGGCGCUGCAGGAGGCCGCGGAGGCGUACCUCGUGGGGCUGUUCGAGGACACCAACCUCUGCGCGAUCCACGCCAAGCGCGUCACCAUCAUGCCCAAGGACAUCCAGCUCGCCCGCCGCAUCAGGGGCGAGAGGGCUUCCCAGCCUCCUCGCCCCGCUCCGAUGGCCCGCACCAAGCAGACGGCGCGCAAGUCCACCGGCGGCAAGGCUCCCCGCAAGCAGCUGGCCACCAAGGCCGCCCGCAAGUCGGCCCCGGCGACCGGCGGCGUGAAGAAGCCCCACAGGUUCCGCCCCGGCACCGUCGCGCUCCGUGAGAUCCGCAAGUACCAGAAGAGCACGGAGCUCCUGAUCCGGAAGCUGCCGUUCCAGCGGCUGGUGCGCGAGAUCGCGCAGGACUUCAAGACCGACCUCCGGUUCCAGUCCUCGGCGGUGGCGGCGCUGCAGGAGGCCGCUGAGGCGUACCUGGUGGGUCUGUUCGAGGACACCAACCUGUGCGCCAUCCACGCCAAGCGCGUCACCAUCAUGCCCAAGGACAUCCAGCUCGCCCGCCGCAUCAGGGGCGAGAGGGCCUGAGCGAUGCUCGUCGUCAGUGUUCUUUUGAUUUGUUGGUCUGUAGUGCUAGCCUGCUCUGCUAGAACUGGGUUGGGAAUCUUGUAAUGAUCUGUAUGUUGGCCUCGCCUCAGUGGAAUAUGAUCCGUGUCUCCUGAAUCCUUUUGUACUUGCAACGUUUGCUGUCUGAUCUGUUCUCAAGCAUGCAAUGUGAAGGAAACAACUCGCUGCUGUUGAUUUCA